AUGCCCGAUGGAGGUGCAUCUGAGCAGCCUGAGGCGCUCUUGCUGAAUUACAACCCAUUGGCGAAGGCCGCUGUCGCACACUUUGGCGACUGCAUCGAGGGCGGCAUGACGAAGAAGCAGAUAAUGUUGCAGCUGCAGAGCGUUUGCGCCACCUACGCUUGCCAGGGAGUGAAGCGGAACGCUGGCUUGACAAACAAGAAGAGUAAACAGAAAGCUGCGACCCACGCUUACAAGACAAUCGUGGUUCCCGGUUUUUUGGCUUGGCUGCGGGAGCUCGAAGGCUCUCCUGUACAGCUGCCUCGGUGGUUGACAGAGGAGCUGUUGGGCUGCAGCAACGUGAACGGGAGGGGAAGAGGUAAGCCAUGGUACUACUACAGCAGCCUGGGUCCAUGCUCCGUUAAUGUGGGUCGAAGGAAAAAGGACGCAAGGCUUGUCACCCCCCACACCGCGCGCUCGCUCCUCUCUCUUUCAUCUUGAACCCGGUACAUGUCGCUUUCGUGCACGUGUCUGUUGUACCUGCUGUUCGGUUGAACGUCACACGCUCGCUCCUCUCUCUUUCAUCGUGAACCCGGUACAUGUCUCUUUCGUGCACGUGUCUGUUGUCUCUGCUGAUCGGUUGAACGUUACGCAUGUGCUGCAACAGCAGUGUGCAGCGCCUGUUGGGGUUAACCUUAGCCUGGAUGUGUUUUGUGAUAAUCUCCCCGCGCAGCACCAAAGAUAAAGAAAGAACGCGCAUGAACGUACUCGUUUGAAAUCUAAACAGCAGCGGGUCGAGAUGGUAAAGCAUGGCACUGCUGUUGUUGUGUUCAGACGGCGCAUUUUAUCCCGUAAACAGCUGGAAACUCGAGUCUCACACACGAAGUUUCCUCCCCUCGCCCCCAACCCGGUGUGCAGGCGAGCCGAAGUACUA